UCGCUACCAAAAGAAGAAAGUGUUUGUGCAAAAUCCUGAGUCAUUUGCAAAGAAUUUGUACAUGUGAAUACGAGAGCGGUUAAACAUUGGCUAGGUCUUCUGCUUCCUUUUUGCCAACAUUUGGUUUAAGGGAAUUCUGUAUGUAAUUUGACUACAGCGGAGCCUCGUGAGUGGGAGGACCUUGCUUGGGACGAGAGGCAUCUUCUCACACAGACUUCCAGAGAGGAGGUCAUCGUUUCUCUGCAUUUUCUCAGUUUGAGGUCUCUUGAUAGUUUCACGUUGGACAAACCGGAUUCUUUUUUUUUUACUAAGAGGAUUUGACUCAUUAGUACAGCAGGCAGGGAUGUACGGAUGCUUCGGGAGGAAAAACAGUGACGCCGCUGCCAUGGCAUCAGGACCUUCAGAUGUGAUGGCCAACCAGGAGCCUGCUGAGGUUGCAGAUGAGUGCUCAGGAAAGAAGAAGUCUAAGUUCCAGACAUUUAAAAACUUCUUUGCCAGGAAGAAGAAAAAGGAGGUGUCUUCAUCAGCGGAUCAGUCAUCGCUUAAAGGCAGCCAGUCGAGCGACGAUAUCAGUAAAACAUCAGAAAACAAAGCACUCAGUCGCUCAGAGAAGGAGAAAGGUUCUGGGUCAAAGAUCAGUCUGGGCAGCAAAGCGUUGUCGCAUGACUCCGUCUUUGUCUCAGAUUCGUCGGACGCAAACGAGGCUCUGGGGGCAUCUCAGGACAGCAUUCAUGGAAAAGUCAAAUCUCUUCAGCUCCAGCUCAAGCAGGCCAUCAGACUGGGCUCUCCUCCAUCUCUGAUGUGUGUUAAGAGGACAGAAGAUGGCGGAACCAUGUCAGAAGAUGACGGUCUACCCUGCAGCCCCCCUGAAUACACUUCACCUCACACAGCCCUGAAUCCGGAUAAGAGGAACAGCUCCAUCAGCCUGGAGGGUAGCGACAGCGAUGAAGACCAGUCAUCCAGAGUUGGGAGCCCCCUUGUGGUGGUUCCAGGGGAUUUCAGUCUGCCUGCCAGCCCGUUUGGCUGUCUGGAUAACUCUGCUGCCAAACACAAGCUGGGCCUAAGAAGUAAGGCCUGUAACAGGAGGAAACCUGCCAAUAGACUUGACAUCAAAGCAGAGGAACAUAGCAGGAUGAAUGGAUCGUUGAACAUCCUGGAGGCACAAGAGGAUGAGAAAAUAGGAGAUGCAAGUGGUGAUGAGCUGGACCAGAAACUGGAGAAGGAGGAUGAGCCACUCUUGUUGGGAGAUAAGCAGGAAAGCAUGGAAGGAGAAGAUGUGUUGGAAGAAGAACACCAAGAUGGUCGGGAGACUUCCUGUCAAUCAGAGGAGGGAGGUCCAUCCUUUCCAAAGCGCAGCACCAGAAACGCCUCUCUGGACAGUCCCAGAGCAACACCAGAGCCCCCUGCUGGCCAGAAAGAUGUCUUCGACCAGCGAGUGGUUACAUGUGGAACAGAGGAGAACAUGGAUGGACUAGGAGAGGCUGUGGAAGAAGAUGGCUCCUUCUUACAGGAGGUGCUGAACUCCUUACCUUCUUGUUCCUCGUGCGUGGACUCUGAGGAUGUUGUCCUGGAGAUGAAGGAAGAAGAUAAGGAGCUAGAAGAAGCAGAAGAGGAGGAGGUGAAGGAUCAAGAGCCUGUCUUUCAUCAGGAGGCUCCUUCUGAUGCCCUCCUGUCGGGUCAGACGAGUGUGGAAGAGGAGGUGGAGGAAGCUCCUCAGAGUGGGAGCACUGCUGCUUUCUCUAUACAUGUCCAUGAAGAGGAGGAACGUGAAGAUGGUGAAGAACAGGAGGAGGAGGAAGAGCCGCUAGUCAUGGAAAGAUUCAGUCAUCCUUGUGGCGAAGGAGAGAAAGCGCUGCCAGGGGAAGAGAUACCUGAAGAAGAACAAGCCUUGAUCCAAAGAAGAUCUGACCCACAGGAAGCACUGGAAGCGGUGACAAGUGAUGAAGAAGAGGAGACAACACAGCUGGAGGUAAAGGAAGAUCAGGAGAUGAGGGAGGAGGAGAAAGAGGAGACACAACAGAUGGUAGAGGAGGCAAUAGACGUCAUGGAUGGAACGACUUCUAAAGCAGCGGAUGGAGAUGUUUGCAAUGUUCUCCCAGUCCAAGAGGAAGGGGAAGGUGCAGAUGCACUGGCAGGAGAUGAUGCCACAUGCAACCCACAAGUCAUAUAUGAUGACAGAUUUCCAGAAUCAUGUGAUCAGAAAGCUGACACCGUACACGAGAACCAACCCCAUGGAAAUGAUGAAAGAACUGGUGGAGAGGACGGAGCUGUGGUGGGUGAAGACUUAAACCGACAUUUGGAUAAAGAAGAAGGGCUGGAGGCUCAGGACAUUUACAGGAAACAAGACAUGGAUGAAGAUCUAGAGCAGGACAAAUCAAAAGUGAUGCAAACCAGAUCACCCAUGUCUUCUUCCUCUUUGCACUUUGAGUCUUUUUCACCACUAAAUGAGACUCCCACUAAGACCAACCUUCAAAGUGAGACCUUCAGUCCCACUAAGAUCAACCUUCCUUUUGAAACCUUCACUCCCACUAAGACCAACCUUGGAAGUGAGACGUUCAGUCCCACUAAGACUAACCUUCAAAGUGAGACCUUCACUCCCACUAAGACCAACCUUCGAAGUGAGACCUUCAGUCCCACUAAGACUAACCUUCAAAGUGAGACCUUCAGUCCUGCUAAGACCAUCCUUCCAAGUGAAACCUUUACUCCCACUGAGACUAACCUUCCAAGUGAGACCUUCAGUCCUGCUAAGACCAUCCUUCCAAGUGAAACCUUUACUCCCACUGAGACUAACCUUCCAAGUGAGACCUUCAGUCCCACUAAGACUAACCUUCAAAGUGAGACCUUCAGUCCCACAAAGACUAACCUUCCAAGUGAGACAUUCAGUCCCACUAAUACCAACCUUCCUUGUGAUACCUUCACUCCCACCAAGACCAACCUUCCAAGUGAGACCUUCAGUCCCACUAAGACUAACCUUCAAAGUGAGACCUUCAGUCCUGCUAAGACCAUCCUUCCAAGUGAAACCUUCAAUCCCACUGAGACCAACCUUCCAAGUGAGACCUUCAGUCCCACUAAGACUAACCUUCAAAGUGAGACCUUCAGUCCCACUAAGACUAACCUUCAAAGUGAGACCUUCAGUUCCACUAAGACUAACCUUCCAAGUGAGACAUUCAGUCCCACUAAUACCAACCUUCAUUGUGAUACCUUCACUCCCACCAAGACCAACCUUCCAAGUGAGACCUUCAGUCCCACUAAGACUAACCUUCAAAGUGAGACCUUCACUCCCACAAAGACCAACCUUCCAAGUGAGACCUUCAGUUUCACUAAGACUAACCUUCAAAGUGAGACCUUCAGUCCCACUAGGACCAUUCUUCCUGAUGAUACCUUCAAUCCCACUAAGACCAACCUUCAAAUUGAGACUUUCAGUCCCACUAAGACUAACGUUCAAAGUGAGACCUUCAGUCCCGCUAAGACCAUUCUUCCAUGUGAGACCUUCACUCCCACUGAGACCAACCUUCAAAGGGAGACCUUUACUUCCUCUAAAACCAACCUUCCAUGUGAGACCUUCACUCCCACCAAAACCAACUUUCCAAGUGAGACCUUCACUCCUACUAAGACCACAAUUCCAUGUGAGACCUUCAGUGCCCCUGAGACCAGCCUUCAAAGGGAGACCUUUACUCCCAGUAAGACCAACCUUCCAAGUGAGACCGUUUCUCUCACUGAGACCAACCUUCCAAGUGAGACCUUCACUCUCGAUAAGACCAACCUUCCAAGUGAGACCUUCACUCCCACUGAGACCAACCCUCCAAGUGAGACCUUCACUCCCACUGAGACCAACCCUCCAAGUGAGACCUUCAUUCCCAUUCCAACCACCACUAUCCACAUGAACCUAGUCUCUCCCAGUUCAGAGACAGGAAACACGUUGGCCUUAAAUCUGUCCCCAACUGAAGAACAAUUGAUACCGUCUCAUGAAAUAACAACAGAACAUGUUGAAGAAGAAACUUACAAAGUGUUAGAAGUGGUUGCUGAUGAGGAACAACAGGUGGAGCAAGUAUUUGAUACAACGGUUGGUGUGGAAAAGGUUACCAUUCCAUCACCUGAAGAAGAAGUAGGGAAAGAUGGUGGUUCAAAUCAGAACAAAGUCUGUUCCACAUUAGUCCCUGCCUGGCAGAGGUCUCUCUCUGGAGGGGAUUCCAAAAACAUGCCACUGUCUUCCCCUACCCCAUCUGGAGAUGAAGAUGGUGAAGAACCCAUCAAGCAGGACCUCCAUGUGGAUGCACAGUCCCAUACACAUGCGGUAGUGACUUCUGGUAAAACAAAGAUGACUGGUGACAAUGCUGUCAAACCUCAGAAGACUGUGUCUCAAGACACAGCCAGAGCUCAGACCUCACCUGUUGCAGCAAAAGAAGAGAGUUCAGUGGUGGUGGAGGGAAGCUACGACAGUCCCUUUGGUGUUCGGCUCAGGAAGACAGCAGUUCUGCACAGCUUCAGCUCGGAGGAGGAAAUCACAGAGGCACCUGUUGAACCUCCAGCACAGUCUGUCAGCUCUAAAGUCGAGCCAACUGCCAUUGCCAAACCCUCCACAAGUCCAGCAAUCAGCAACAAACCUGCUCUCCCCAAGAAACCAGAUAUCCAUGGAGACAGUGGAGUGAAAACAAAGCGUGUUUCAGAGCCCGUUGCAGUUCGUAAUGUUUCUACUGGAUCUGAGUGUCCUAGCUGGAUCUCUGUGGCCAGACAGAAACAAAAGAUCUAUAAAAAAAACUCGCUGGAUGAAAUGACGGUCAAGAAGGAGGAACAAGACAAGAAGUCUCCACUGCCAACGUACGUCAGCUCUGCUGCAAGGAAAGAACUCGGCAACAAAACGCCUGAAUUCACUGGAAAAGUGAGUUUGUCAGAAAGCAGCAAUCCUCCAUGGCCUGCGGAGAAGGAGAGCAGGAAGUCUCUGUCGCCUCCCACUCCGGUGCCACCUCAGCCUCCUAAAUCCCAAGCACAGUCCUGCCCUGCCCCCGCUAAACCCCCGGCUCCUCUGGUCACUGCCAAACCUGCAUCCUCCCAUCCAUCCCCGUCCUCCUCCGCUCCGGCUCCUCUGAAAUCUCCCACUAGCGUCAACCCUCCGGUCCUCUCCAAAACCUCCCCCCCGUCCAAGCCCACGCUCACAUCACCUCCUUUUUCAUCGAGAGUCAACCCUCCCCUGCCGGAGCCGAGAGCUCCAGCGCUUUCCGCUCCAGCUUCUUUAGCCCAGCGUGGUCUUCCACCUUCGUCCUUGCCCCAAGAUGAGCCACCUUGGAUGGCUCUGGCCAAGAAGAAGGCCAAAGCUUGGAGCGAGAUGCCUCAGAUCGUUCAGUGACACACCCAGGUGUGCUCCUCUGCUUCAGUGUUGCGCUUUGAAGGCCACUUGACUCUCCACUAACAGCCUGGAUGGACCACACUGCAUUUGCACAUUAAGCAGAGCUCUUCUUGCUUCCUUCUUGCUUGUAAGCAUCUGGCAAUCUUCUGUAAAAUGACUCCAAUCACGCUAACCAUUAACAUGUUGUCACGUGAACCUUCAGCCAUACUUAGGUGCCUAAUUAAGGGAAAAGAAUGGAGGCACCUGACUCACUAUGGUGAGAGAAAGCACACAGGAGUUCCAGGACCACACUGAGGGGAAUAAAAAGUACAAUUAUGAGGGGAAAACAAUGUAACAGUAUGAGAAAAAGUAAGGUGGUUCUUAG